GCUCGGAAUAGCUUGCUCGCCUGUGGCCCUCGCUUCGCUCGGAAUAGCUUGUUCGGCCAGUCACCCUCGCUUCGCUCGGGACUAGAUUGCUCGCCUACUCACCCUCGCUUUGCUCGGGGUAGCUUGCUCGCCCACUCACCCUCGCUUCGCUCGGGAAUUGUACUUUCACCCUGGGACCCACCUCGCUUCGCUCGGAAUAGCUUGGUCGCCUGUGGCCCUCGCUUCGCUCGGGCUAGGGGUUAGGUGUUUGAGAGGGGCCCACCACUUUUUUCUGCUUCACGUUCAUGCUCAUCUCGUCUGCCACACUCUCGCUUUUCUGCUUUGCCACAAUGCGCAACAUUUGUUUUCGUCUGCUUUGCUUCUUGUUCAUUUUGUUGUUUCUGCUUUGCUUCCGUUCAAUUUGUUUUCGUUUCGUGAUCCUGCUUUGCUUCGACUGUUCUGCUUUGGCUCCGUUCGACUGUUUUCGCGCCACGCUGCUUCCGUCUCUCGCCUGUUGCUCACCCUCGGAUGGGACUCGUCGUGAUCCGUGGAAGCGACCUCUUGCCACAGCGUAUCGACCAUCGUCGCGAGCGGUGGUACCUGCCCCCUUAAGCAGGUUGCGGGUUCGCUCGCUGGCUCCGCAGGUCUACUCAGGGUGAGGAGGUGAGACUGGAUCGCUGUGGUUGCGUUCGCAGGAGGCGAUGCUUCGUUCUCAUGGGUAAGACUGGGAUGUGGGUGGGACCAGGGUGGUUGUGUUGCUCGCUGGUGUGGUGGGGUGGUCGCCCUUGGUGUUGUAGAUGCCAAUCGCUGUGAUAUGCCAAUGGUGUUGUAGAUGCUCGGUCUGCUCGGUCUGCUCGCUGCCGUAUACACUCGCUCUGCUCGGUCUGCUCGCUGCUGUAGAUGCUCGCUGAUGUAGAUGCUCGCUGUUGUAGAUGCUCGCUGUUGUAGGUGCUCGCUCUGCUCGC